AUGCUGCUGGAGGUCAAGCCCCGCUCAAAGGAGAAGUCUGGUAAGCUCACCAGGUUAGGCGGUCAGGUGAAGGAGACGGUGCAGGAGUACAUCGCCGGGGCGGAGCACGGUGACCGAAGACCCCGCCACCCGCGACUACUGGUGAUGAGGGCGCGUCUAAUGUCUGCCAAGCUGUUGGGGGUGCUGUGCCGCAGCAUCUGUGACCCGCGCAUCAACAGCGGACCCCAGGAGAUCCGGCCAGCCGAGUCUCUGGCCCAGCUGCUGCUCUUCCACCUCAACUCCAAGUCUGCUCUGCAGCGCAUCGCCGUCACCAUGGUGCUGUGUGAGUGGGCCGCUGAGCAGAAGGAGAGUGAGCUGGUGUCUAGUAUGGUACAGCCGCGGCUGCUGGCCAUCCUGUCGGAGCAUCUGUACUACGACGAGAUCGCCAUCCCCUUCACGCGGGUGCAGACCGAGUGCAAGCAGCUCAUCGCACUGCUGGCUGACGCCCAGCUGCACGUGCACGAGCGCUUCAACUGCAGCGUGCUCACCAUCGACCAGGCCAACGAGCUGGUGACCACGGUCUUCUCGGAGAUGACGGCGGAGGUGAACACGUGCUCCCAGACGUGGGCGGCGCUGGAGGGGAAGCACCAGCAGGCGGCGGCGGCCGCGGCGGAGGCAGGCAGCGAGUGGCAGCGGCUGCAGCUGCGCGUGCACACCUUCUGCGCCUGCGCCGCCGUGGGCCUGGGCCCGCUGCCCGAGCGCCUCAACCCGCUGGUGCGCCCGCUCAUGGAGGCGGCACGGCGCGAGGAGAACACGCUGGUCCAGGGUCACGCUGCAGCGGCCAUCGCCCGACUGCUGCAGAGGUGCGCUGGCCGCACGCCCUGCCCCAACUCCAAGGUGCUGCGCAACCUGUGCUCCUCACUCUGCGUGGACCCCCUGCUCACCCCCAGCGUCUCCUGCCCCACCCCGACGCCCGCCGCGCCCGCCGGGGGCAAUGCCAGCCAGGAGGGAGGCAGAGAUGGUGCUCACCAUAUGGUGAGCAAGACCAAGGGCAUCAUCACGCUCUACCUGCACCAGAAGGCUGCUUUUGCAGUCACCAGCAAGAGGGGCCCCGCGCCCAAACCCCCCAAGAACCUCUCCAGCGAGGUGGCCCCAAACAGCACCGCAACCAUGGACACCGAUGAGAGCAAGAAACCGAGUCUCAUCCAGCGAAGAGGCGCAGAGUUCUCCCUGACGACCAUCACCAAGCACUUCGGGGCGCAGUUGACCAUGGCGCUGCCCUUCCUGUGGGAGACCAUGAUUGGCCCCCUGAAAGCCGUGGUGGAGGGCAGAGAGGGUCUGGAUGUCCCGUUGUUGCUGGAGAAAGGAGACACGGUGGCCCAGGAGCUGGUGGGCUCUCUGCAGGUCCUGGAGGUGGUGGCCGGGGCCAUCGCUCCCCAACUCAUCCCCUUGCUCCUGGAGCAGCUGCCCCACCUGUGCCUGUGUCUGCAGCACCCCUACACGGCCGUGCGGCACAUGGCUGCGCGCUGCGUCGGGGUGCUCAGCAAGAUCGCUACGCUGGAGACCAUGGAGAUCUUCCUGGAGCGCGUGCUGCCCUGGCUGGGCGCCAUCGACAACAGCACCAAGCAGGAGGGAGCCAUCGAGGCGCUGGCCUGUGUGAUGGAGCAGCUGGACGUGGACAUCGUCCCCUACAUCGUGCUGCUGGUGGUGCCCGUGCUGGGCCGCAUGAGUGACCCCAGCGACAGCGUGCGCUUCAUGGCCACGCAGUGCUUCGCCACGCUCAUCAGACUACUGCCACUGGAGGCUGGUAUCCCAGACCCCCCAUCCAUGUCUGAUGACCUGAUCCGCCAGAAGGCCCGGGAGAGGCACUUCCUGGAACAGCUACUGGACAGCAGGAAGCUGGAGAACUACAAGAUCCCAGUGCCCAUCAAGGCUGAGCUGAGGAAGUAUCAGCAGGAUGGAGUGAACUGGCUCUCCUUCCUCAACAAGUACAAGCUGCAUGGCAUACUGUGUGAUGACAUGGGUCUUGGGAAGACCCUUCAGUCCAUCUGCAUCCUGGCAGGAGACCACUUCCUCAGGGUGCAGGAGUAUGCCAAGACCAAGGCUGCAGACAGUACUCCCCUGCCCUCGCUGGUAGUGUGCCCCCCUACGCUGACUGGCCACUGGGUGGACGAGGUGGGCAAGUUCUGCACUAAAGAGUUCCUGAACCCCCUGCACUACACUGGACCUCCAACAGAGAGAGCAAGGUUACAGCAUCAGGUGAAGAAACACAACCUCGUGGUAGCGUCUUAUGAUGUCGUAAGGAAUGACAUCGACUUUUUUAGGAAUAUUAAAUUUAAUUAUUGUAUCCUGGAUGAGGGCCAUGUCAUUAAGAAUGGGAAGACCAAGCUUUCCAAGGCCAUCAAGCAGAUAGCGGCCAACUUCCGUGUCAUCCUGUCGGGAACGCCAAUCCAGAACAACGUUCUGGAGCUUUGGUCGCUCUUCGACUUCCUCAUGCCCGGUUUCCUGGGCACCGAGCGUCAGUUUGCCGCCCGCUACGGAAAACCAAUCCUGGCCAGCCGCGAUGCCAAGAGCUCGUCUCGGGAGCAGGAGGCAGGGGUGCUGGCUAUGGAGGCUCUGCAUCGGCAAGUGCUGCCCUUCCUCCUGAGGAGGAUGAAGGAGGACGUGCUGCAAGACCUGCCUCCCAAGAUCAUCCAGGACUACUACUGCAACCUCAGCCCCCUACAGGUCCAGUUGUAUGAAGACUUUGCCAAGUCCAGAGCCAAGGUGAGCGUGGACGACACCAUCUCCACUACAGAGCCAGAGGAAGAGGAGAAGCCGAAGCUCAAGGCCACUGGACACGUCUUCCAGGCGCUGCAGUACCUGCGGAAGCUGUGUAACCACCCGGCCCUAGUCCUGACGCCACAGCACCCCGAGUACAAGCGCGUCAUCGAGCAGCUCGCCGCCCAGAGCUCCAGCCUCAGGGACAUGCAGCACGCGCCCAAACUCUCCGCCCUCAAACAGCUGUUACUGGACUGCGGUCUGGGCGCAGCGGGUGGAGCGGAUGGCGGCACGGAGGCGGUGGUGGCGCAGCACCGCGUGCUCAUCUUCUGCCAGCUCAAGAGCAUGCUGGACAUCGUGGAGCAGGACCUGCUCAAGCCGCAGCUGCCCUCAGUCACCUACAUGCGGCUGGAUGGCAGCGUGCCCGCGGGCCAGCGCCACUCCAUAGUGUCCAGGUUCAACAACGAUCCGUCCAUCGACGUGCUGCUGCUCACCACCCAUGUCGGUGGCCUGGGCCUGAAUCUGACCGGCGCCGACACAGUGGUGUUCGUGGAGCACGACUGGAACCCCAUGAGGGACCUGCAGGCCAUGGACCGUGCCCACAGGAUAGGACAGAAACGCGUGGUGAACGUGUACCGCCUGAUCACGAGAGGUACCUUAGAGGAGAAGAUCAUGGGCCUGCAGAAGUUCAAGAUGAGCAUCGCCAACACGGUCAUCAGCCAGGAGAACGCCAGCCUCCAGAGCAUGGGCACCGACCAGCUCCUCAACCUCUUCACACUAGACCGGGACGAGAAGGCGGACCGGAGCGAGCCGUCCUCCUCCAACCCGGAGAAGGCCUCCAUGAAGUCCGUGCUGGACGGCCUGGGAGACCUGUGGGACCAGCAGCAGUACGAGACGGAGUACGACCUGGACAGCUUCAUGCACUCUCUUCAGUAAACCUGACCCCCUGGGCAGCCUCAUACCUGACCCCCAGGCUCACCCCACUGCCAACAGUGACCCACACCCCCAACCCAGUCUCCAGGGUGCUGUGUGUGUGUGUGUGUGUGUGUGUGUGGAACAUAUGUGUGUGUGUGUGGAACAUAUGUGUAUGUGUGUGGAACAUAGGUGUGUGUGUGGGGAACGUGUGUGUGUGGAACAACUUAAUAUGUAGGGUACAAACACACCCUUCCUCCCGCUUUCCACCCUUCCUUCCCUACCUCUCCAAACAGUUCUUUAAAAUGCCCUUACACACACACACACACACACACACACACACACACCCUCCCUCAGACUGGGUGGAGUGACCAUGAGAACGUUUUCUAAAUUAGGAAUGAAUUGCCUCGAAUCAUUGACUCCCAGUCCACAGACGAGGCGCGCAGUAACCCAACAGGCUCACACUCUGGGCGGUGGAGAGUGAUGUAGUGUGCUCGUCUGGGUAGAGAUUGGACAUGUUGGCAAAAAAAAAAUGUACGCCGACUCUCCUCCACCAUACUCCAGCUUACCUUUGGUGCUACCGUGUGCUGAAGGCAUGUUGAUGGAGGAUGGGAGAUCCCUGGAAGUGUUGUGGAGACCCCUGACUGAAAUGACCUCCAAGCCACAAGGGGGCGCCAUGAGUACUCCCCUCCCCCCCCCUCCAGCUGAGGUUCCACACAGUCAGCGCUCCAUGACUUGUCACCCACCCCCUCGGUCACUGUUGGUGUUUUUAACUGCUGUUCGGUGUGCUCAGGUGAAAGACUUUACGCCCAGACAUCCACUGCAUGGCUGCAAACUGAGUUCUCCUCACUAGCCGGCCUCCUUUGGAAAUGCACUGCAAAAGGGCUACCAGGACGUGCCCCUCCAUCCCCCCCCCCCCCCCCAAGAGCUCCCCUUACAUUGCCAGACUUUUGUAAAAUGAAGUGACGACAACAGAAUCUAUACAAAAAAAAAACAGACUUGUAAAUAUUUCUGUAAUUUGCCUUUGUAAAAGCUGAUAGAAUGGUAAUAAAUUCUACUGAGCUUU